CCCCCGGAAUUGUCAUUUCUUUGUUUCCGAAGGCGGAGGAGGCUCUGACACCCCCCCACACCGUGGCACCCCCCCCCUCCCCCCGGGUGCUGGCUCCAUGUCUGUGUGACGGGCCCCAGGGGUAGAGUCCAGGCCCGACGCGGGGCGGGCCGGCAGCUGCGACGGCUAAGGUGAAAGACGGCAGCGGCGGCGGCGGCGCGGACGCGGGCCCCCAAGCGGGAGGAUGAAGCGGCGGAACGCCGACUGCAGUAAGCUCCGCCGCCCCCUAAAGCGGAACCGGAUCACCGAGGGCAUCUACGGCAGUACAUUUUUAUACCUGAAAUUCCUGGUAGUGUGGGCACUUGUCCUCCUUGCAGAUUUUGUUCUGGAGUUCAGAUUUGAAUACCUGUGGCCAUUCUGGCUUUUCAUCAGAAGCGUCUAUGAUUCCUUCAGAUACCAGGGACUGGCCUUCUCAGUAUUUUUUGUUUGUGUAGCAUUCACAUCAAAUAUAAUAUGUCUGCUCUUCAUUCCCAUACAAUGGCUUUUUUUUGCUGCUAGCACAUAUGUAUGGGUUCAGUAUGUAUGGCACACAGAAAGGGGAGUGUGUUUGCCUACAGUAUCCCUCUGGAUACUCUUUGUUUAUAUUGAAGCAGCAAUUAGAUUUAAAGAUCUCAAAAAUUUUCAUGUAGACCUUUGUCGUCCGUUUGCUGCUCACUGUAUUGGGUACCCUGUGGUGACUUUGGGCUUUGGCUUCAAAAGUUAUGUGAGCUACAAAAUGCGAUUAAGGAAGCAAAAGGAAGUGCAAAAGGAGAACGAAUUUUAUAUGCAGCUUCUUCAACAGGCUCUCCCUCCAGAGCAAAAGAUGCUACAGAAGCAAGAAAAAGAGGCCGAGGAAGCAGCAAGAGGAUUACCUGAUAUGGAUUCCUCGAUUCUUAUACACCACAACGGAGGCAUCCCAGCCAAUAAAAAACUGUCCACAACUUUACCAGAGAUAGAGUAUCGAGACAAAGGGAAAGAAAAGGACAAGGAUGCCAAGAAACACAACCUUGGAAUAAAUAACAACAAUAUUCUACAACCUGUAGACUCUAAAAUACAAGAAAUUGAGUAUAUGGAAAACCAUAUCAAUAGUAAAAGAUUAAAUAACGAUCUUGUGGGAAGUACAGAAAAUCUCUUGAAAGAGGACUCAUGUACUGCUUCCUCAAAAAAUUAUAAAAAUGCCAGUGGAGUUGUGAACUCCUCACCUCGAAGUCACAGCACCACAAACGGGAGCAUUCCUUCCUCAUCUAGUAAAAAUGAGAAGAAGCAGAAGUGCACUAGCAAGAGCCCAAGUACACACAAGGACUUAAUGGAAAACUGUAUUCCUAAUAACCAGCUAAGCAAACCAGAUGCACUGGUAAGGCUGGAACAAGACAUUAAAAAGUUAAAGGCUGACCUGCAAGCCAGCAGGCAAGUGGAACAGGAGCUCCGCAGUCAGAUAAGCUCCCUCUCAAGCACUGAACGAGGGAUCCGCUCAGAAAUGGGCCAGCUCCGGCAGGAGAAUGAGCUGCUGCAGAACAAGUUACAUAAUGCUGUUCAAAUGAAACAAAAAGACAAGCAGAAUAUCAGCCAGCUGGAGAAAAAGCUAAAAGCUGAGCAAGAAGCCCGAAGUUUUGUAGAAAAGCAGUUAAUGGAGGAGAAAAAAAGGAAGAAGUUAGAAGAAGCCACUGCUGCCCGAGCUGUUGCAUUUGCUGCUGCAUCUAGGGGAGAGUGCACCGAAACCUUACGGAAUCGAAUCAGAGAACUAGAAGCAGAGGGCAAGAAGCUCACAAUGGACAUGAAGGUGAAGGAAGACCAGAUCAGAGAGCUAGAGCUGAAAGUUCAGGACAAAUCCUUCAAAAAGACCAGGAAAUCAAGGACCUAAAACAGAAGAUAGCCGAAGUCAUGGCCGUCAUGCCCAGCAUAACGUACAGUGCUGCCACCAGCCCCCUGAGCCCUGUUUCCCCCCACUACUCUUCCAAAUUUGUGGAGACCAGCCCCUCUGGACUUGAUCCCAAUGCCUCUGUCUACCAGCCCCUGAAGAAAUGAAGGCCAGCUGUGUAUUUGCCCAACCAUUUGGUUUACCAAAAGGCCUCACAAAGCAGUGUCUCUGGCAGUCAAGAUAAAAAAGUUUAUAUUGUAUUUUGUGGGACUGUAUAUGUUGUCAUUUUUAAAAAGGGGGGAGAUAACAUCCAAGUCUGAUUAGAAUUGCCCAUCAAUUGUUCUUGUAAAUUUUUUAGAAGACCUCACAGAACUUUGCAGUUUAUUUUUCUCGGCCAACCCAUUAAAACCAUUCUUGGAUUUCAAGUA